AUGAGCGAUGAAGCGGCACGUCUUGCGAAAAUCGGGCGCGAAGAAUACGAUCUGAUCCGAAUGCAUGAUGCGCCCGAUGCCGAUGAGAAGACAAAGUAUGAGUGUGACCUGUCGCUGGCUAGAUAUCAGGUCCUUCGAGGCAAACUCGCUUUGGAGAAGGUUUACAACGAAGAGUUUGUGACACCUUCGAAAAUGCGAUAUCUCAAAACCGAUUUGGAAUUCGCCGAAGAAUAUUUGCGAAAACUUGAGAACACGCCACCAUCGUCACCAGUUUCUGAGUGA